AUGAAUAUCUCUACGUCAACCAUAUCUACGAAAAGACACGGUCUAAAGAAAGUUAUUGAAGAAGAAAAUGCUGCUACAUUACAGCUCGGCGAAGAGUUCCAAUUAAGACAAAUUAAUCAUCAAGGCCAAGAGGAAGAUUUGAUCGCAUUGAACCUUAGUGAGGCCCGGCUUGUUAUAAAGGAAGCCUUGCAGCAUCGCAGGAGGUUGUUUAAACAGUGGAAUAGUCAGGAUGCGAUUGACGUCGAUGACGAACAGGAUGAAGACGUUCAUAAUCAAACCCAAGAAAAAGAGUUACAGUCGAUAGACAAGCUUUUAGAAAGGACUACAGGGGGCCAGAAUCAAGCUUUGAAGCAGACGAUGGCAUACCUCAUGAAUUUCUCGAGGUUUAGAGACCAGGAGACAGUGACGGCGGUGACUCAACUACUGCAGUCGACUGGGCUGCAUCCGUUCGAGAUUGCGCAGUUAGGCUCGUUAGCAUGUGAAGAUGCCGACGAGGCUAAGACUUUGAUACCCAGUUUGAACAACAAGAUUUCAGAUGAAGACUUAGAGAGAAUAUUAAAAGAGUUAUCCAACUUAGAAACGUUAUACUAG